ACCAAAAUCCACGGCAAAAAGACAUACUCCUACUUUAAAAGGUAGCAGACAGGCCGCACCUCUCUCCGCCUUCCCUCUCUUUCUCUCUCUCUCUCUCUCUCAAUUGGCGGCAAAAGUGAGAGAACACUUUGACUGUAACAAUGGAGAAUGGUGCGCUGACGAAGAAGCAAGUGCUUCUCUACCACUGUGUUGAGAUGGAGGAACUUGCUCGCAAAAUUGCUUCUGAAUCCGACUGCAUUCACCUCCACUCUAUUAACUGGAGGAGUUUUGAUGAUGGCUUUCCAAAUCUCUUCAUAAACAAUGCACACAAUAUCCGUGGGCAGCAUGUUGCUUUUCUGGCAUCUUUCAGCUCACCAGCAGUCAUCUUUGAACAGCUUUCUGUGAUAUUUGCUCUUCCGAGGCUUUUUGUCGCAUCUUUUACACUUGUACUGCCAUUCUUUCCAACGGGAUCCUUUGAACGGAUGGAAGAGGAAGGAGAUGUGGCGACUGCAUUUACUAUGGCCAGAAUAUUAUCAAACAUUCCAAUCUCAAGGGGUGGUCCAACCAGUGUAGUCAUCUAUGACAUACAUGCAUUGCAGGAAAGGUUUUAUUUUGGAGACCACGUUCUGCCUCUGUUUGUGACUGGAAUCCCACUGUUGAAGCAACGGCUUCAGCAACUUCCACAGACUGAGAAGAUAGUUAUAGCAUUUCCUGAUGAUGGAGCUUGGAAGCGGUUUUACAAGCAAUUGGGUCACUAUCCUGCUGUGAUUUGCACUAAAGUCCGGGAGGGUGAUAAGAGAAUAGUCAGGCUAAAAGAGGGUAAUCCUGCCGGUUGCCAUGUGGUCAUUGUUGACGACUUGGUCCAAUCUGGAGGUACCUUAAUUGAAUGCCAGAAAGUUUUGGCAGCUCAUGGUGCAGCAAAAGUUAGUGCAUAUGUGACUCACGGAGUGUUCCCUAAGCGAUCAUGGGAGCGUUUUAUUCACAAGGGUGAUGGCUCAGAGAAAGCAUUCACUUACUUUUGGAUCACAGAUUCGUGUCCCCUCACUGUGAAAGCCAUUGCUGAUAAAGCUCCUUUUGAAGUUAUAAGUUUGGCAGGGUCAAUAGCUGAUGCACUUCAAACCUGAGAUCAUUGUUUGCUAGAUCAGUUGUAGUGGAAACGGAACAUGAUCAUUUUUAUGACUGUUGGAGAGGUUGUAUCUUAAUUGGCUUAGCUGGAACAUUACCCCUGUAAGAGAAACUCCUAAUGUGCUGAACCCAAUUGUAAUAACAUAUUUACUUUGUCAAGUGAGCCACUACUUAGUUUCUUGCACAAA